GUGACCACCACCGCUUCAACCCCACCAAGUCCUCCACCUUCAUCGGCACCAAUGAGAGCAUCUACAUCGCCUACGGCACCGGCAGCAUGUACGGCGUCCUGGGCUACGACACGGUCACGGUUGCGGACAUCAGCGUCGAACACCAGGUCUUCGGGCUGGCUGAGAACGAGCCGGGUGAUUUCUUCUACUACGCCCCCUUUGAUGGCAUCCUGGGGCUGGCGUUCCCCAGCAUCUCCUCCGACGGAGCCACCCCUGUCUUUGACAACAUGAUGAAAGAAGGUCUGGUGGCCAGGGACUUCUUCUCCGUCUACUUGAGCAAGGAUGGGGAGACCGGCAGCUUCGUCCUCUUUGGUGCCAUCGACCCCCUGUACGCCACCAAUGGCAUCACCUGGAUCCCGCUCUCUGCCGAGACCUACUGGCAGAUCACCAUGGACAGGUAG